UGCAUCUAUGUUACGUCACGUUGUGACGCAGACAUGGCAACCGCUCAUGAAUAGUUGUGCUGUUUUAUCGUUUGUUUUCUUAGUGAUAAUAUUUCUUUAGAGAUCUUACAUGCUUAUUAGGCUUGAACUAGUUUAUUAUUUUAAGGUGACGGUUUGGUGGUUGUGUGGUCCUCUAUUAAUGGUGGAGUGAAUGAAAGGAUAAAAAUAAUGAAGUUUUGAGCGGCACAGCAGCGCGCUUUCGCGUUUGGUAUCGGGUCGCGCGCGCAUCAGUCUGGACAGCAUCGGAAAGCAUUUCAGUUUAAAUAUAUCUAUAUAUGUUGUAUAUGUUUAUUAUAUAUUGACACAUGAAGCAACGGUGACCACCUUUUGAAGGCCUAAAACUUUCAAUGAUCAGUAGAAAUGGACAAAUACAUAGCAUGUGUAUGGCCACGUCUGGAGCCCUUCCUGAUCGGGGUGCUUCCUGCCACACCCCCAAGCAAAUUCAGCAUGCAUUAUCUGCGCAAGAUGGCUUGUUAUGUUCGGACACGGGACGGCUGCUUCCCCAGGCUUGGCUGGCACAUGUGGCGACACAUCGCUUGUGGCAAACUGCAGCUGGCAGAGGAGCUUGCCUGGCUGUAUUUUGAAACUUUUGAUCUGUUGAUGCCUCGUUCUGCAGAGCAGAGAUUAGAGUGGGCAGAAGCUCUGUCCCAAUGCCACACUCCUAAGGAACUCGACAGGCAGCGUUGUAAGCUGUCAGUGGACACUCUGCAAUUUCUACUCUUCCUGUAUCUCCAGCAACUGAACCGAAUCUCUCUCCGCACGUCACUGAUUGGGGAAGAGUGGCCAAGUCCCAGAUCACGAUCUCCCUCUUCCUCCUCUGAGAGAGACACCAAAAUAAACUCCCAGAAUAAGAACUGGGACGACCAGGCUCAUCUUAGCUUCAUCCAGACACACCUGUCUGAGCUUUUGGAGUUACUAGUGGAGCCAGGCCAGCUGAGCAGUUCAGGACAGGUUCUGCGUGACAGCCAGGUCACUUCAGAGGCCCUGGAAAGCCUCAGUUUGUUGCUGGAAGGAUCUGUGAGCCAUAGCCGUACCGUGCACCCAAUCCACAAGCUCCUCAGCCGCUCGCCACUGCAGUCCCAGGCAGGAUUCUCCAAACUCAGCCGCUCCUACUCUCUGCAGCAGUUCCAGGGGUUUCUGCAUCAGGCCCUUUGCCUCAAUCCCUUCGGCAUCUCCACCUGCUCAGAGUCGGGAAAGAAACUGGCAUGGGCACUGCAAGUAGAGGGCACCCUAAAGAAAGCCAAAAUAUUCAGAAAUGCCCACAUGGCUCCUCCAGGAAGUCGACUGUUGCUCAUGUCGCAGGUUUGCAAACAGACGUUGGCCAAAGACUCUGAAAAGCUGAAUAAUGCCAACAUCAAACUCCACCGCUGCAGUGAGGCUUUCAUCUACCUUCUCUCUCCUCUGAGGUCUGUGACCUUGGAUAAAUGCAGGAACAGUACAGUGGUUCUCGGCCCGGUGGCGACCAGCGUCCACAUUCAGAGCUGUGAGAAUGUUCGUGUGGUGUGUGUGGCUGGCCGUCUGACCGUAGGCGGCUCUUCUCAUUGCACAAUCCAUGCCCUCACCCCUACACGACCCCUUCUCCUUCCUGGGAAUGUGUCUCUCACACUGGGCCCCUUCCACACACAUUAUCCCACUCUAGAGGACCACAUGGCUAGCGUGGGCCUAGCUGUGGUUCCAAACUUAUGGGACCAACCUCUGCUGUUUGGAGCCGAGGUUUCCGCUACAGACACUGGCUGCUACCGCAUCCAGCCCCCCUCUGAGUUUUACCCGCUGGUGAUACCCUUUCAAAUGGAGGGGGAUAACUGUGAGAUCCCUUGGGGCCUGCCAUCAGACUACCAGAAGGCCGUGGAGAGCCGAGAGAAGACGAUAGAAGAUUGGCAGAAGACUGUGAAGGAAGCACACCUAAACAAGGUCCAGAGGCGGCAGUUUCAGGCCUUAGUGGAGCAGAAGUUUCAUGAGUGGUUGCUUGAGACGGGACAAAGACAAGAGCUUGACAGCCUCCUCCCUCCUGCCCUCACCCCCUCCACCUCUGUGGACCACUGGCCUUCCAGCCACGCCUCCAACUCUGGACCGACUGUACUCAAAGAACAACAGCCUGAACAAGCAAUGGGACGGGCGCCAACUGUUUGCUAAAAGAACAGCUAAACAACCAAAAGCUGCUUUUGCCGUCUCUUUCCAAAAAACUGAUCAUCAGACAUCAUCGUUCUUCUGGUACAAAAUCUGUCAAUGCUGUAUCAGGUUUUGACAGGGACUUUGUGUCCUGUCACAUUAUUGACAUCUAGGAAAAUCAAUGCUGGAGUAGUUUUUAGAGUUGCUGUAUUAUUGCUGCAGGUAUCUGAUAGUUUAAGCAUUGUUACUCUUUGUUAUGAGAAACCAGUGAUUCCAGAGGUUGAUAUGCAAGAGAAUAUCAACCUAAGAGAAUCAUUAUAUAAUUAAAACAGGAAAGGGACCGAUUGCUGCCUUCAUAUGAAUUUAGAGGGAACAGGGAUGAGAUAUGUACUGUAAUUAUUGACAAGUUUGUCGAUCUCAAUUGGUACGUGGCAUAACGCAUCCACUCACUCAAGAGUUUGCAGCUAUUGCCUCCUGAAAUCUCAUGGCCAGUAGAAAUGUUUAUAUGUCUCCUUUGCUGUAUGUUCACAAUGCCUUGCACUGUAAUUGCACUAUAACUGUAUCUUCACAAUACAGAUUCCAACAAUGCUGUCACUUAAAA